AUGACUCUUCGCCCCACUUCGACCAAUCCCCCAGGAUCAGUGACCCUCCUAAUCCUCGGAGCAGGCUGGACCUACCAAUUCCUGUCCCCGUUACUUACGAAGGAGAAUAUCAGCUACGCGGCGACCACGACGACAGGUCGGGACGGGACGAUCCCGUUUAGAUUCGACCCGCAGGCCGAUGACAAGGCUCCCUUUGAGCCGCUGCCCUUUGCGGCAUACGUGCUGGUCACGUUCCCCCUGAAAGGAUCCGGAGCGUCGCGGACAUUAGUGGAUUUGUACGCUGCCACACACUCGCAAUCACACUCGGAUGGGCAAUCUGGGUUCGGUGGCAACGAUGGAGCUAUGAAGGCCACGAAAUGGAUCCAGCUCGGCUCGACGGGGAUCUACACCACGCCAGAUUGGAACGACUCGUCUAGCGCGGUCGACGCGUCCAAUGAGCGUUGCGUGGCAGAGGAUGAGCUUCUCAUGCUCGGUGGAUGCGUGUUGAACCUUGCCGGCUUGUACGGAGGGUCCAGGGACCCGAAGAAUUGGGUUGUGCGCGUGGCGAAGACGAAAGAGCAUCUUGGUGCAAAGGGCGCAUUGCAUUUGGUUCACGGCGUGGAUGUGGCGAGGGCCGUUGUGGGUACUGUCUCGAGGGAUAUCGGAGGGCAGAAGGACAGAGAGAACGAGGAAAAGAAGAGCUUGUUUGGACGCAGAUGGAUUGUCGCUGAUUGCGUUUCGUAUGAUUGGUGGAGUCUGGUGUGGGAUUGGAUGGGCGAGAGUGAGGACGAUGGCGGGAUAGAGAGGGAUACGGUCCAGGCAGAGGAAAAAUCAAAGUAUCGUCGCUGGAUUAUCGAGUUGAUGGCUGAGAACAACGUUCGAGGACUACCGCGGUCGGUGGAUGCGUUGGGCCGGAAAUUGGACGCCAGAGAAUUCUGGACGGUGAUUGGAAUUGUUCCUGAGAUGACUCUGAGAAGAUGA